AUGGAGAAUCCUCAAGUCCGACUGAUCAUGCCGCAGUCAAACGACGAGAAACCGGGCGAAAUUGAACGCCUAGUUUUCAGGCGGUUUGGCGUCCUCAACACCCGCUUGUUGCUACAUCUCCAGGACCAGAUCGUAAAGACGGAAAAGGAGCUUGAGCGGCUGGAUGACGCGCUGGAGAGGAGCGAUGCAAUGAGAAAUGACCGCGGUCAGGGCGGCGACGUGCACAGUAAGGAAGAGUUCCAGGAGCGCGCUCGGCUACUCGACUGUGCAAAGCAAAGCCUGAAAGACUACAAUGAACUCUUGAUCCAGAACAUGGCACUCCGAUCGCAAACCUACCCCCCUGGACCGAGGUUCCGUGCCAUAUACGAGUGGUUCCGAGAUACAAAAAAGGGUCACAGUGCCCCGGAAUCCGCAUAUGGCGAUCGUCGCGACGACCUGACUUUGAUUUCGAAGCCGAUGUCGGUAUUACAGCGCUGUCUCGAACAGUCCUCCAUCAUGCGCUUCAUACAACGCAAGAUGGACAAGCGUCCCCACGGAGCUACGAGAGACGCUGUUCCGUCACAGUUCAACAUGCCAUGUGCACUCAUCGAACGAACCUUUUCUUACCUCAUCAUCGCGUCUGGAGCGUUCAUGUUAGUUUUUCCAAUGUGGAUGCUUGUUAGUGUGGAUGGGGUAUGGAAGAAGUUGGGGCUAAUAACCGCCUUCACACUUUCGACUCCUCUCCUUUCGAUUGCUGCGGUCGUUAGACCGUUCGCUAUCCUGGGUGCUAUGAUAGCAUACAUGGCAAUUUUGGUGGUGUUUCUGCAGGUGCCAGACGAAGCAGUCAGCAGAAGCACGUAG